AUGGAACCGGUUGGUGUGGUUUCUAUGAAGGGUCAACUGCAAGAGCUAUUUGCACAACUUCGAUCCUUAAGGAAAUUUCUCGAGUUGCAGCCAGAAAAAUUUGUUGAGGAAGACAUCAUAGCUGUGGUAUGUGAUGCUGGAGUUUUAAUUUUCUCAUCAUGGUACCCUGAACAUGUUGUAGUUGACCUUGGACUCCAGAAUUUGUUUCCAACAAUCAAGUUUAUUUUGGCAAAAUCUGGGGAGGAAGACCAAAAAAAUCUAAAGUUCAACUUUCAAAUGACUAAUCAUCUUGGUUUCGUCGAUUUUGUAUUGCGAAAGAUCUCUGAGCUGACAAACUACAAAGUUGGACAAACUGCCAAGAGUCAUCUUCUGUCUAUCAAAGAAGAGCUUGCUUACUUGAGAUCUUUCAUGGGGGAAACUGUGGAGUUGCGCAGCACACAUCAGGGAUUACAAGCUCUAUGGGACCGUAUUUUGGAGGUGGCAUACAAUGUAGAGGAUAUCUUUGACAACCUAGCCAUUGGUGAUCUUUCAGAUUCUGCUUCAACAUCAUCGUUUGAUUUCAUUGGGACAGACAUUGAGAACAUUAAAACAGAUGUGUUGAAGGCUUACCAUAUCGAGGUGGGACGAGAAAUGGAAGGCAAAGAAGAAACUGGGACUUGUUAUCAGGUGUCAUCAGAAAUUACUCCAUCAACAACUCAUAAAAUCGUAGGUUUCACUUGUGAGGCAUGCUCAAUAAUGAAUCGGUUCAAGAGAGGGUCAAAGAAGUUGCAGAUCAUUCACAUUAUGGCUGGAGUUUUGGCAAACAUGGAGACAAAAGGUUGGAAGAAGAUUCUGAAUGCUUUGAAUUCAGGCAUUGUAUCAAGGGAGGAAGAUCGUUGGAACACAUUGGAGUUGAGUUACAGGUUUUUACCAGAUAAUUUAAAGCCGUGUCUUCGAUAUUUUGGGAUAUGUCAAGAAGAUCAAGUGGUUUCAGCGAGGAGGUUGUUUUGUUUGUGGAUAGCGGAGGGCUUAGUUAGAAAAGAAGAGAUGAAGAGGGUAUCUGAUAUUGCAGAAGAGCAUUUAAAUUAUUUAAUUAGCAGAAGCUUAAUAAUGGUUUCUAAACAAAGGUGGGGUGGUGGAGUGAAAGCAUGCCGCAUGCAUGACCUUUUGUAUGAUUUUUGCUUACAAAAGGCAAAAGAUGAGCAAUUUCUCCAUGUUAUAAAUGGGCAUGGUGAGCUAUUAGCAUUUAAUGAGCCUAGGAACUUGCGGAGGAUAUGCAUUUUCUCAGAGGGAAAACAUCUCAAAGAGGCAUGUUUAUUAUGUCCUCUUGCACGUUCUGUACUUUUCAACAACAAUGGAGGAAUAUCAUACCAACAGUGGCUAGAUAUUUCAUCUGUGACUCAUAGCUUCAAACUUCUGAGAGUGUUGGAUUUAGAGCAAAUCAGUGCUGGUACGCAGUUUCCAAGUGAAAUAGUACUCCUUGUUCAUUUGGAUUUCUUGGCACUUCCCCCUUUCAUGACGCUCAUCCCCCCAUCGAUAGAUAAGCUGUUUAAUUUGGAAGAUUUUAUUGUGAGCUCAAUGAAAGGAGUUCCAUUUCCAAGCAGUCUAUGGAGUCUACAGAAACUGAAGUAUCUUAAAGUUAGAAGAUAUGGGUUCCAUUUGGCCUUAGAAAAUCUUGAUAGCUCAUCUGUUUUAUAUGACCUGGAUAGAUUUUCUGGUGCAAUUAUUCCUGUUGAGGCCAAUCUGGAAAGAUUGAUGAGAAAGUUUCCAAACAUCCGCAAGUUUAAAUACAGACUUCUCCAGGAUGAGAAUAAAUUGUGUGGUAUUGACAAGAUUGUGUUUCCUGACUUCCUGAGUCAACUACAUGCCUUCUUGUCUACACUACAUUCCAUCACUUGA